AGCAAUGGCGGUGUUGUGAAAAGAGUGGAUAUGAAAUCGUAUAUUGAAUGUCAUUUCCUGCACGGUCAUUGUCGCAAUGGCCACCAUAAAUAAAUAAUAUGCAAUCUGGGGAAUAAGUUGCUUAUUAUUUAAAGUUGUUUGUUCUUUUAUUUGCUACAUAUUGUUGUGUUUUGAUAUAUCGCGGUGUUAGGAAAUUUUUGUACAAGAUGUCGGCAGGUUCCCACGCCGGUGGCGUGCUGCCGCCAGAGCAAAUUGGAUAUAUUCCUGAUAAGCUGAAGAAAGCUGAGAAAAGAAUUGAAGCAUUUCCUUAUGACACGGAAGCAUGGAGUGUUCUUAUUCGAGAUGCGCAGAUGAAACCGAUAGAGAUAGCUCGGCAAGUAUAUGAGAGACUGGUUGCCCAAUUUCCCAAUGCAGGCAAAUACUGGAGGAUUUAUAUAGAACAAGAGUUGAAAGCGAAGAAUUUUGAGAGAGUGGAAAAGCUGUUCCAAAGAUGUCUUGUGAAAAUUCUGAACAUAGAUCUCUGGAAAUUGUAUCUCAAUUACAUCAAGGAUACAAAAGGAAAACUGCCUUCUUACAGAGAAAAGAUGGCCCAGGCUUAUGAUUUUGCUCUAGACAAAAUGGGAAUGGAUAUAAUGUCUUACCAGAUCUGGGUUGACUACAUUAACUUCUUAAAAUCAGUUGAAGCUGUGGGCUCUUAUGCUGAAAACCAACAGAUAACAGCUGUACGGAAAGUAUUCCAGAGAGGCGUGGUCAAUCCUAUGAUAAACAUAGAGGGGCUGUGGAAGGAUUAUUGUCAGUAUGAACAGAGUAUAAAUCCAUUAAUUGCUAAGAAGAUGACAGAAGAUCGAGGACGAGAAUACAUUAAUGCCAGAAGAGUGGCCAAAGAGUAUGAGGCCGUCACAAGGGGGCUGAAUAAGAAUCUCCCUUCUGUACCCCCACAGAAUAACCCAGACGAGGCUCAGCAGGUAGAAUUAUGGAAAAAGUACAUUGCUUGGGAGAAAAGUAACCCUUUGAGGACGGAAGACCAUGCCCUGAUCACUAAGCGAGUGAUGUUUGCCUAUGAGCAGUGUCUCCUGUGUCUGGGACAUCAUCCGGAUAUUUGGUACGAGGCGGCUUCUUAUCUGGAACAGUCCAGCAAAAUCCUGACAGAAAAAGGGGACCAGAAUGCUGGUAAAAUGUUCGCAGAUGAGGCGGGUUCUAUCUAUGAGAGAGCUGUAACUACUCUGAUGAAAAACAACAUGCUGGUUUACUUUGCUUAUGCUGAUUUUGAGGAGAGUAGAAUGAAAUAUGAGAAAGUCCAUGGAAUAUAUAAAAAGCUACUAGAUGUUCAAGAAAUAGAUCCUACAUUAGCAUUCAUACAGUACAUGAAAUUUGCCAGAAGAGCUGAGGGUAUAAAAUCAGCCAGACAGAUUUUUAAAAUGGCUCGAGAGGAGAAUCGGACUCGGUACCAAGUGUUCGUAGCUGCAGCACUUAUGGAGUAUUACUGCAGUAAGGAAAAAACUGUAGCUUUGAAGAUAUUUGAGCUUGGGUUGAAGAAGUAUGGAGGGAUCCCAGAUUAUUUAUUAUGUUACAUGGAUUUUAUGUCCCAUUUAAAUGAGGAUAACAAUACUCGAGUCCUAUAUGAGCGAGUUCUCUCCUCGGGACAGGUGCCUCCUGAGAAAUCAAUAGAGAUCUGGAGUAGAUUUCUGGCUUUUGAGUCUGAGGUGGGAGAUCUAGCUAGUAUACAGAAGGUAGAGAAGAGGCGAGCCCAAGCCAUUGAAAAGGUUCAAGAGUUUGAGGGGAAAGACACAGCCCUAUUAAUAGACAGAUAUAAGUACCUAGAUCUUUACCCUUGUACUACUACUGAGCUGAAAGCAGUUGGAUACUUCGAUUUAGCCCGGCAGCAAGUGGUAACUCUUCCAUCAGCAUCUGUCACUAAAGUGGUUCUGGAAGACGAGGAGAGUAAAAAUAAGCCACAGUAUCCCAAACCAGAUGUGGAGCAGAUGAUAGCCUUCAAACCCAGGCAGAUUGUGGCUGUUGGAGCCCAUCCUGUUCCUGGAGGGGAAUUUCCACCCCCACCUGCUGCUGCUAGUCUCAUAUCACAAUUACCUCCCCCUGACUGUUUUCAUGGUCCAUUUGUUCUAAUGGAUAAGUUUAUAGAGCAUUUUAACAAGCUGGUACUACCUGAAGCACCUGUUGGGACAGAAAAUGGUAUUGAUGGCACAUUCAAGCUUGACCCCGGGACCCAGCUCUCCAUUGACUUUGCUUUAGGAAGAAAGCGGAAGGUCACGGAGGGGGAGGAUAGUGAUGAGGAGGGGUCAGAGGUCACAGCCCCACCUGUACAUGACAUUUAUCGUAGUCGACAACAAAAGCGAGCAAAAUAAAUUUGCGGAUCCCGCUUCCUGCCAGAGAUUUUUUUUCAUAUUGAGACCAAGAGUGAUAAUUGCAGAGAAUGAGACUGUUUAGAAAAAUAUUUUGUUGUGUCUAACUUCUAGACACUAUUGUUUUUAACUAGUGUGAAAUUCUGUUUAACAGAAUUACUGUUAAUUGGUAUAAUGAAUCAUGUCAAGUGCCACCAUUCAAUCACCGAAUAAUAAUGAUCAGUAAGAGGCACAUUUUAAGAGGGUUAUAAGAAUUUUUGUGACUUUUACUAUUUUCUUUUUAACAACAAGUAGGAAUGAAUUAUUUGUUCAGUUUGAACUAGGAAAUUUCUUGUUGUAUAGAUCCAUUGUGAUUUGUGAAAAUGUACGAAUGUAAAGGUACAGCUUGCAUUACUGACUGCCCAUUGAUGGAAGAUUAAUGUUGCAGAACCUGUGUUGUGCAUGAAUUUCAAAAAGUAUUUAGGUCAAGCAUUUGUGAGGUAUUUUUUUCUAACGUGUCUACAUUUCUUUCAUUCUCAAAGGGAGGGGCAGUUCAUCCGUUGUCAUGUUCCAUCAUGCAUCUUCACAUAUUCACUUACUAGUAAUAAAAAAACUAAAAUACUACAGCUGUACUUUAUUUGCUGAAAAUAUUUGUGAACAAGUGCUUUAAGACAAUUUGAUUUAAGGACAGCUGAUACAUUCCUCAAUAAUAUGUAAUUUUUCCCAAGAUUUUGUCACUGAAGUAUUGCUACUUUAACAUGCUUCUUCACAAAAAAUUGAGGUACCUUUAGGCUUACCAGACAUGCAAAAUACAAAUGGAUGGUGUUUCUUAUAUAAUCCUUUUGAAAUAACUUCAAUUGCCAAUUCCAAAAUUUUUAGCCUUUUGAUUUUUUAACUUUAGACUAUCAGAAAACCAGUUUAGAAAUCAGAAGAUAAUUAAAAUUUUUGAUAUUUUUGUACAUUACAAAAAGAUACAAAACAGAUAUUUGAAGAAUGUAUCGUCCGACCUUAAAGAUGCAUACCACAAACAAAUUUUCUUAUCUCCAACACAGAAGAAUUACACUGGCAUUUUUUUCAAUAUUUCUUUCAAUGGAAAUGUAAUUAAAAAAAAUUUAUUUGUGUAAAAUGUUAAAAUACACUCUUAAAAAAAACAUCCCCAGAAACUUUGCAGUAAUAAAACUUCAUACACUUCUAAAACUUUUCAAAAAAUAUAUUGAGCUGUAAAGUUGCAUUUUUGCACUUUUCACCAAAUUCUGUGGCUUGGCCAAACAUCAAGCUGUUUAUCUAAACAAAUAUCACUUCUUAAGUGAGAGAGGCACAUAUUUUAGCAAAAAUAUUUGACUUUUGGGAGAAAAAAAAUUGUUUGUGUUAUUUAUCCUUAAGUUUAAUAUAUGAUUUUCUCCAUUUUUUUUAAAAAAAAUUUGACACAUGAAUUACAAAAGCUUGCUGGUAAACAAAGAAUUUAUAGAUAUCAUCAAAUACUUCAAGUGGCUAUUUGUCCAGUAACAGGUGAAACUUUCUGAACUCAUACCCUUCAUCUUGCAUGAAACCUGUUUUAAGGUUCAUUGACCACAUAAGAGAGAUAACUCUCACUGGGAUAAAUAGCUAUAUUGUUUUUUAAGAAUAAAGUCAAGUUUAAAGAC